AAUCUAUACUUUGUAUAAAAAAGUCAUUCAACAACAAUGAAAGGAAAGAAAUUUGACUUUAGCGGAAUUAACUCACCUCUACCAACCAACCUUGCUGGUGAAUGCAAAAAGGCUGCAAAGAUUCUCAAUCAGUUUAUUGAUCCUGGACAGGGAAUUGACAAGGUUAUUCCAUCGGAUAUUCUCGCCAAAGCCCAGGGCCUGGCUAUCUACACUGUUAUCAAAGCAGGAUUCUUAUUCUCGGGAAGAGCUGGAUUUGGUGUGGUUGUAGCAAGGUUACCCGAUAACUCAUGGUCCGCUCCUUCUGCAAUUGGUACAGGUGGUAUUGGUGCCGGUGGUCAAAUUGGUGCCGAGUUGACCGAUUUUAUCUUGGUUCUUAACACUAAAGAAGCCGUCAAGACAUUCAGUCACUUUGGAAAUGUUACACUCGGUGGAAAUGUAUCUGUGGCUGCGGGUCCAAUUGGCCGAAAUGCCGAAGCUUCGGGAACGGCAACAUUUAAACACGUUUCUGCAAUUUAUUCUUACAGCAAAACCAAAGGACUUUUUGCGGGUGUGUCAGUAGAAGGAUCAGUGAUCUUGACUCGAAAUGACACCAACGAGAAAUUCUACGGCAGAAAAGUCACUGCAAAAGAAUUGCUCAACGGAUCAGUCCCUCCUCCUCCUGCAGCUGAUGCGCUCUAUAGAGCAUUGAACGCCAAAUUUCAUACACUCGGUAGUACUGGUGCAAUGUACAAUCGAGGCUCAGAAGAUGGUGGUAGUGGUCAGACAGUAUUUAGAAGCAACACUAUCUCUGCACCCGGUACACUCAGAGCUCCUCCACUCUCUGGACAGAAUUAUGGAAAUCAUGCACCCCAGCAACAGCCACCCGCAGCAAACUACGACCAACAAUAUCCUUAUUCAACUCCUCAACCAUCCACAAAUUAUGAGCAAGGAUCAUCUUAUUCGACAAAUCAACCACCACAGCCGCCUUCUAUGUACAGCAAACCUGUACUAGCUUCUCCUUUUGCCAAGCCACCCCCUGCGGAACCCGCGUACAUCAUGCCACCUGCUUAUGGGCACACAGCAACACCAUCAGGACCAACGCCACCAUCAUCACUUCCUACUUCACCAACACCAAAUAUCCAAAGAUUUGCUCCUCCCCCUCCCCCUCCUAUCCGCCACAAGGAGCCUAGCGCAAGGGCGCUCUAUGCCUUUGUAGGUGAACAAUCAGGAGAUCUUAGUUUCCAGGAAGGCGAUAUUAUCACCAUUAUCACAAAGUCUGACAAUCAGGAUGAUUGGUGGACUGGCAAGAUUGGUUCUCGCCAGGGAAUGUUCCCAGCUAAUUAUGUUCAAUUGGUAUAAGAUAAGAAGAAGAAGGCGAAAAAUGAGGAUACCUACUGUAUAUUUCCAAGCACACAAACAUGUAUAUAUCUAUAUAUGUACAGUUGAAUCGAAAGUGUACAAGAAGUGCAACAACAAAAGAACAUCUUGCCUUUUGAAUCCGGAAAGCUUAUUUUUCUUGUGUUUUUCUCUAUCUAUCUCUAUAACUAUCUAACUCUAUUUUCAUUUUUUUCUAUACCUUUACCAAUUACAUACUCGAUUUACAAGACCAAUAUAUAUAUAUAACUCUUUUAUUUUUCUUUUUCUUCAUUUGUUUUAUACAAUUUUCUUCUUCUAUUUAAAUAUUAUUCUUAUCGUUACUAUUAUUUCUUAAAGAUCUGUGUCAGGCAUGAUAAUUCCUGCAAGUCAGUUGUCUAUAAUAUAUAUAUAUAUAUGUGCUGUAAGAAAU